AUGUCCACAUCGACAGCAAAAGACGACCGAGUUCCGAUUACACCGGCCAUCGUGGUGCUCGCAAGUCAGUCGCCCAACCGUCUUAAGCUUUUGGAGCAGAUUGGGAUUCAUAAUCCUGUUGUUCGUGUGUCAAAUUUCGAAGAAAACCUGCCAAAGACACUACCCGUACGAGAGUUUGUCGAACAAACAGCGCGUGGGAAGCUUCACGCAGUUUUAGAAGAUAUGAAGAAGAACAAAGAACGGUAUGAUGUCGUCAUCGCGUCAGACACAGUUAUUUACUUUGAAGAUGAAAUCGUGGGCAAGCCAGCCAAUGCAGACGACGCAUUUGCUACAUUGCAAAGACUACGAGGUCGAGAGCACCUAGUAUACUCUGGAGUCGCCCUUGCAUACGCUGAUGGGAGUGAGGAGGUGUUCAGCGAAGAGACUCGGGUCCAAUUUGGAGACUAUCCGGACAGGAUUAUAAAGCAAUACGUUGAUAGCGGGGAGCCACUGACUCGAGCGGGGUCGUACGGUAUCCAAGAGUAUGGUGCAGUUUUUGUGCGUGGUGUACAUGGUUGUUUCAGUAAUGUUGUUGGUUUGCCUGUUCAUCGUGUGCAUAGUGCUUUAGUUACCAAAGGGAUACUAUAG